UGGCUGUUUCACUGGAGGAGGCGGGGCUUGAGCGAUCAGCUGCAGCACUCACAGAAUGAACUAGAAGAGCGAGCGCUACCGCGGAGAGGUUUAAUGCAGCGAUAUAACUGCUCCUGAAACGCACCCGAAGAGCUGUUUCUGUCGAGAAGGUUUGGAGGAGGUUUAUCACCCAAACGCACCCUUGUGAAGGCGGGAUGUGGUGGUCCUGGCCCCUGGUGUCUGUGCUGGUGCUCUGCUCUCUGCUGUCGGUGGGGACCGUGAGAACCGCACCCUGUCAGACCUGCCGCAAACUCACCGACCGCUUCCUCCAGGGCUUGGAGCGAACGGCCAAUAAGAAUUUUGGAGGAGGGAAUACGGCUUGGGAAGAGGAGAAACUGGCGAAAUAUUCCCGCAGUGAAACGCGUCUGUUAGAGAUUGUAGAGGCGGCGUGUGACAAAUCCGACUUUGAUUGCAACCGUCUGCUGGAGCAGAUCGAGGAUCAGGUGGAGACGUGGUGGUUUCACAGACAGCAGGAGUCUCCAGACCUGUUUGAGUGGCUGUGCAUCGAGGAGCUCCGACUGUGCUGCCCACCUGGACACUACGGGCCUGACUGCGCAGAGUGUCCCUCCGGCCCUGGGGGAGUGUGUGGAGGUCUGGGCCGCUGUGAGGGUGAAGGCACACGUCUGGGAGACGGAGACUGUGUUUGUGACCCGGGAUACUCCGGCGUUCUGUGUCAGGACUGUGCCGACGGAUACUUCAGAGAAAAGAGCUCCAAUCACACACAGCCGCCCUGCUCAGCUUGCCAUCAUUCCUGUAAAAAGUGCAGCGGUCCUCAGGACGACAGAUGUCAGGACUGUAAGCCGGGAUGGCUCCUGCACAGCAACAAGUGUGUGGAUGUGGAUGAGUGCGGCACUGAGCUGGCUCGCUGUCCUUCCAACACGUACUGCUUCAACACCGACGGCUCCUACGAAUGCAGAGGGUGUGAUCAAGCGUGUGUGGGCUGUAUGGGCAGCGGACCGGCUCGCUGUAAGAAAUGCGCUCGAGGCUUCAGACUCACUGGGGCCAAGUGUCUAGACAUCGAUGAGUGUGCGGAGAGAGCCAUCGCCUGCCCCGGACUCAAUGAAGCGUGCGUUAACGAGGAGGGCUCGUUCCGCUGCGAGUGUGCGGAGGGAUUCAUCCGGCGGGACAGCAUCUGUGUGGAGAAUCUGCCGCCGACGGGUCCAGAGAAGGGUUUGUUCGAUGACAUGACGGACGACGAGGUGCUCGUCCUGCAGCAGAUGUUCUUCGGGGUGGUGAUCUGUGCGCUCGCUACUCUCGCCGCCAAAGGAGACAUGGUCUUCACCGCCAUCUUCAUCGGCGGCGUGGCUGCCAUGGCCGGGUACUGGCUCUCGGAGAAGGGCGACCGCGUGCUGGACGGCAUCCUGAAAGGACGCUGACGGAUCGAGGGACUCGGACAGGCUGAUGCCGCUGGAACGGGAAGCUCUGGGUUCGGUCGACGCCGUGGCUCUAGGAAUGCAUGUGAAUCGGGGACGUUUAGGACGGGCCGCAGUGGCAGGGCUGCUGGGUAAUGAUGAUGAUGACGCUGCUCAUGUAGAACACUGUGUUUCAACAGUUCAGCUGCUGCUGUGUUUCUGAGACGCCACACGGUAGUGAAUGGAUAUGGAGACGUAUGCAACCCAUUCAGGUAGAAGUACUGUACAUAUGCUGGCAUGGACAUAUUGGCACUCUCGCAACAUUAAAGGAUUAAUUCACCCCAAAACGAACUUUUCCUGAUUAUUUACUCACCCCUGGGCCAUCUGAGAUGAGAAGGUUGCAGGAUUUUUCUCCAUCUAAUGCAAGGGAAUGCUGCUCAACAUAGACCAUUUUUUAUAGUCCAAAAUCCAUAUUUAGGCUUCAAAGAGCUCCACGUGACCCCAGCUGACCGAUAACGGUCUUCUCUAGCAAAACCAUCAGUCAUUUUUAGAAAAAAAUAAUUAUAUACAUUAUACACAUGAGGUCAUGAACUCAACCGUCUCAUGGACUUUACAGAGCUGGACCAAGGCGAAUAUUUGUAGUUAAAAUGUAUAUAAUUUUUUUUUCUUUUCUUUUUUUCCUGAAAAUGACUGAUGGUUUGCCUUAUUGGAUGGCCCAGGAGUGAGUAAGUAAUCAGGAAAAGUUCAUUUUAGGGUGAACUUCUUUAAUGUCAUUUACAUCCCAUUUACACAUGGAUACUGUGUUCAUUUCUAACGUUUGUCCCAAUGUGUAAAACAUUAAGAUUAUGAGUAGAUGCAACAUUUCCAGAUGCAUGAAUGCAACACUGUCACAGAAGGUGUGUGUGUGUGUGUGUGUGUGUGUGUGUGUGCGUGUGUGCGUGUGUGUGUGUGUGUGUGAGAGAGAGUAGUGUGUUUUACGGCAAAUCAUUUGACUCAUUUCAGCAGGGUUCCCACAUUAUUUGAUCAAUAAAUUUUCACAAUCAAUAAAUGGAUAAGGAUUUUUUUUAAUGAAUCUUUUUGAAUUUAGAUCAAUUUGAACGGGUUCAACAAAUUUAUUGAACGACUGCAAAUUUUACUCUCACGAGUGCUUAAACCUGCCGCAGCCGAGCACAGCUAGAAAAUUUCAUGAGUAUGCUGGAAAUCCCCAUUUUAAAACCUAAAAUGUAAUUUUCUGUGGGAACCCUGAUUUGAAUAUGCAAUGUGAAGAAGAAAGCAGUGAUGAAUGUGGUUCAGUUGUUCACCUUCAGUGUGUUCAGCACAUGUGGCCUUCAGUCAUUUCACUGAUUUAGUUUCAGGACAGAGCUUCAGUCAUCAUAGUGUGUGUCUGCAUGCUUUAAAUGCUUCAUCUCGGCUUCUAUUUAUGUUGUUUGUCAUAUUUAUUUUCUUCCAGUGUGAAUAUGCCCUAUAAUGAUUGACAGGUGAGAUUGUGAAUUCUGCCAGCCUUAAUGUGAAUUACGUUUUAAAUGUCUGUGGUUAGGGUGGAGGGCACUGAUGUCAUUAAAAUCUGAUUUAAUUGACUGGCUUUACUCAUUUUUAACUGGACUCUACAAUAAAAACACUUUGAAACUA